AUGUUCCCACCACCACCUUUCAAGAUGCCAGUAUUAACUGCACACAUUGAAGUCUCAGUCACAAUCAAUAAGAGAAUUGGUAUUGGACAGUCUUACAUUGUCUUCCUGGAGUCAUUUGCUGAUUCCACAUGUGCAGUGAAAGUUGAACAACAAGAAGGACUUGAUAUAGUUCACAAUGAUGUUUCACCAAUGAAUUGUAUCAGUGCCUCAUGUUUCAAUUAUAAUUAUGGUGGUGAUAGUGCAAUUGACCUCACACAUGAAAUUAUAGAUGAGAAACCUGUGGAUGUUAUCUUAAUUGAUUGGGCAUCAGCCACCCCAGCAUUUGCAAUUGAAGAAGAACCUGGUAUAUGCAUAUACUUUGCUUUGGAUGUGAUCAAUCUUCCAGAUAAUGAUGGCAUAGGAUUAUUUGUGUCAUGGGCUCAGUCUCUUAACAGGAUGGCAACAGUAGAUGAGAUUAAAUACAAU